CGGGGGCGGUGCCGGCGUCGCAAGUCCAGCUCCAGACGCCUCGGGACGAGGAAGAGGAGGGACAUGGGCGCUCGCAGAUGCUAUUUGAGUCAGAGACUUAGAGAAAGCGAAGAAGUGGGACACGUGGAUGCCUGAGUUAUUUUCCAGACAAGACCACCACCUGCAGGGCUCAUCACAGGAGUCAUGCUUGACAGUCUCCCCGACUUCACCGCUCUGAAUUUGCAGUGCAGCGAAAUAAAGGCUAGUGAAGUCAACGUGGAGAAUGAAAGAUCCAACAGUCAGCACCCUGAGAGUUUUGUGAAUCCUCAAGACCAGAACUGGUAGCACAGCCCAGAAAUCACCAGCAGAUGGAGAAAGCGGAGUCCUGAAUCACUUAGGAUGGACACAGACUGUAACCCCGUGGAGCUGGGCAGUAUGUCUGGAUUUGAGGAAGGCUCCGAGCUCAAUGGGUUCGAAGGAACGGAUAUGAAGGACAUGCGGCUAGAGGCUGAGGCUGUCGUAAAUGAUGUUCUCUUCGCCGUCAACAGCAUGUUUGUCUCGAAAAGCCUGCGCUGUGCAGAUGAUGUGGCUUACAUCAACGUGGAGACAAAAGAGAGGAACCGAUAUUGCCUAGAGCUCACAGAAGCAGGGCUCAGGGUGGUGGGCUAUGCUUUUGACCAGGUGGAGGAUCAUUUGCAGACCCCUUACCACGAGACAGUCUACUCCUUGUUGGAUACGCUCAGCCCUGCCUACCGGGAAGCAUUUGGAAAUGCACUCCUUCAGAGACUGGAAGCUUUGAAAAGGGAUGGGCAGUCAUGACUCAUUUUCCUCAUAGUGGGGCUACCGCUGGCAUAGAAUGCUAACAUAAGACUUGACAUCCUUGCAUAUAAUCAUUGUAGAAAGUGCAUUGUUGGCUUUAUGUGUUUAUCAUUCACAUGUAGGCUUUUGACUCAGAACAUAAUUGACUCAUAAACUGUCUUAGUUCCAGAUUCAUUGAAGGAAAUUUCAAGGCCAUUACUCUGACACUCAUUACGUUCUGAUUUCUUCACACAGCCUCUCUACAUCUCAAUACCUAAUCAGCGUCUCAUUCUCUUACUACAGGGCUUCAAUGCUGCCAGCACUCUCUUUUACAUAGAAAAUUCUAGAUUUGCACAGUGAUAUAGAAAUUAGAAUCACCUAGCUUCAGACCUGGAUUCAGCCUGCUAAAUCAGGGGUUUACUACUAGCUUGGACUGGCCUUAUUGGGAACAAACUGUCAACUAGUUUCCCCUGCACAGAUUGGAAAUUUACUGGUCUACUUACAUUACCCAGUGGACUGAUGGAGGUGAAUUGCUUCUAUGUUACUUAACUAGGAUGAAAGGAAAGGCAGGGACAGAAAUAGUUCUUAUUCCUUGUUUGCAACAGCCAGCCAUCCUAGAGAGGACAGACCGUUAGCAAAUGAAUGUAACAAUUACUCAUUUCCAAGAGAUCUAAGCACAUGAGCAAAUAGAGGAACAGGCACCACCGCAUUCUCAGCGUGUAUCAUUUCAAAGGAAAAAGAUCCUGGUUUCCUGGGAAACGAUAUUUUGGCCUGUGUUGAUUCUUAUUCUGAAUGUUUGUUUACAAUGUACAGUAUAUAUAUAUUCAGAAAGUAUUUUUGCUUCAACGCUUACUUUCUAUAAAGUAGUGCUUUGGUAUUCCUACAGCGCCCUCCUUACCCUGCAGUCAGGCAGUGUUCUGUCUCAUUGCCACAUGUACAGUGUAAUAUGAGUGCAUUGUAUGGUUUGAAACCAAAGGAUGAAUGAAGCAUUCAGAAACUUGAUAUUUAAAAAAGAGAUGCUCUGUAUUUUAUAUUUUAUUACAGUCCCUGGUGUUUUUAAACUUAAUAAAACACUUCAUGCUGCUGCAUGUUUUCCAGUACAUGACGAACAGAAAGGACCUGGGCGUUGUUUUUAAUUGUCACCCAAAGCAGCUGCUUCAGAGAUGUUGAUCGGCCAUCUGCAGCUGGGUACACCUGCCAUACAUUUGUCAUAGCAGAUCUUUUUGUCUUUCAAAUGGGCAUUUUUAGCCUCUGAGGAUCAUGUGAGGGAAGGCGAGGGGUAAGAGCACUUGCCUGUCAUGGGUAAGCACUGGGUUCAAUCCUGAGGAUUAAAACAGUUUUCAGAACCCAGAAUGAUCAUGUGGACCAGGACAGUUAGAGUCUGCCUGCAUUGCUGAUACAGGCAGAGAUCACCGGGUGCCUGAGCCUGGCUUUAUGAGGCGCUCAUUCUGACAUGAUGUUUGGGCAAUAAAAACCCAACUUCAGGUCCAACUUCUUCAUGCUUAAUCUCAGGCUAAUAUAAGAAAAUGAUGUUUGUAGAGUUUGAAUAAAAUUGUUUACUUGCUUUUGAGUUGAAUAUAAAGUGAUCGUGUUUAAAAUUUGAAA